UUUUAUUAUCUUUGUUCGUUUCCUAUCACAAUAAUGCUCGUAUUAUUCAAUCAUCAUGAUUCAUAAUCGAAAAGUUUGUUUUAUUAAUUAAUCUCUAGCUGAUUUAAUUAUGUCUUAAUCGAGCUGUAACAACGUCAAACGAUGAAAGUCUCGCUCAUAUUCGAACAACCGUAGCUCGCAGUCGUCGUCGUGUCGUGGGUGUAAGUGUGAAAGUGCCAGUACUGUGUGUUACGUCUACACUCUCUCUCUCUGUGAUAAAAAUACUUAAUAAUCUAAUAAUAUAUUGUCGUUUUUAAUAUUGUUUCAAACGUCGAAAAUUCAUUUCUAACGCGAUUCUCAUACAAUGAACAACAUUUCUAACGUACCGUCAUCGAAGCCCUUUCGGCUGACUAUGAUAUAAUGGGUCAGAGACUUAGUACGUUGAAGCAGAUUCUGAAACAAAAAAAUACCACAAUGGAUGACAACAAGGUAACUCUGAUUAGUAAAGAAACAGAUACCGACAUCGUCGUCGCAGACAAAGUCAACCCAGACGAUGCCAGCGAAACCCACCAGCAACAUUUCGAAAACAUUUACAUAAGUUGCGAGCAACUCAACGAUUCCAAUACCAACACCAACACCAAUACCAGUACUAACACCAGUGAUAUACCCAACAACUCUACCGAACCGAUCGUCAAGUUCGAAAGGAGUAAAUCUGUCCAACUCUUCAUCGGCGAACCCCAACCUACCGAAGUUGAGAAAAAAUCGUCUCGUAAAAAACACCAAAAUCAAGACGGUACCGUUAGCAAGAAAAAGAAAAGCCAUUGGGUAUUGAAGUUCAACUGUCCACGUUUAAAGAGCGCUGCUAGCUCAAGUAGUACUUACUCAGAACCUGAAAUCGCUGGUAAAAGUCAAGAAACCGAUUGCGUAUGCACCGGUUACCGUCGAACCGAAGCUACUCCUUUGAGCAGCGAAGACGUACCUUCGGGAUUACCAAUAUUCGUACCAAAGCAACACCUCGUACAAUUGAAGAACCUCGACGACGAUAGUUCGAGUAAAGAAGAUACACCAGCUCAAAGUACUACCGAACCAGUUAUCGAUUUAUCCAAAUUCAAUCCGGAGAAUUACCCGAUUGAAGAUUGCGACGAACGAGCACGUUUAGAGCGAGCUCGAGAGAUUGCCGAAGGAGUCGAUCCUCCGCCUGGGUUCAGUCCUAAACACGCUAUCGAAUUAGUAUGCCCGACGAAUUUAAAUAUCGAUAAUUUAACGGCGCUGUUCCAAUCAGCACUGUCGUUAUCGGCUCUAUCGCAAAUCGACGUAUCUAAAUCGGUCCAUACGCAGGUCGAUUACAUGCACUGUUUGGUACCAGAUUUAAUGCAAAUAAUCUCGUCUUCGUUUUAUUGGGGUAAGAUGGAUCGUUACGAGGCUGAACGAUUACUAGAUAAUAAACCCGAAGGUACGUUCUUGCUCCGCGAUUCGGCCCAAGAAGAGUACCUAUUCUCGGUCAGUUUUCGCAAAUACGAACGCUCCCUCCAUGCUCGUAUCGAACAAUGGAAUCACAGAUUCAGUUUCGAUUCUCACGACCCCGGUGUAUUUUCAUCGCCCACUGUUUGCGGAUUAAUUGCGCAUUACAAAGAUCCAACAUCUUGUAUGUUCUUCGAACCAAUGCUGACGAUACCGCUUCAUCGCAAUUUCCCAUUCUCGCUUCAAAAUCUUUGCCGGGGUGUAAUUUGCAGUCGUGUAAGUUACGAUAAGAUUAAUUACCUCCAAUUACCCAAAACGUUGAAGAAUUUCUUAAAAGAGUAUCACUACAAGCAGCGAGUCCGCGUCAGGAAAUUCGAUUUCGAACAAUAAUAAAACAAAUGAUAAACUCGACAUAAAGUAUUACACAUUUUGUUCCUUAUCCAAGUGAUAAAUUUUGCUAACUGUUAAACGAAUAUCACGAAGGGGUAAAAAGCUUCGUUUUAUUCGUAUUAGUUAUACGCGUUCACUAAUUGCACCCAAUAUUAGUGUAUUCUUUAUAACGGUAUUAUUUCUUCUCGUUACUUAUUAUUUUUUUGUUACGUAAUUUUCUGCUACAUAUAUUUUUUUUUUGUCGUCGGAAAAUUCCUUAUAUGUUUUAAGUUGAAUAUACUAUAUUAACUGACCACUGAAACUAAUAUACUUUAAAACAAACCCUCUCUUUUUAAAUACAUCCCCAAUAUUUUUUUUCCUGACCGUAUGUAAUGUACGAGUACCUUAUACCUACUACUUAGUGAAAUGUUUUCUUCUUAGUUAUAUUUUUUUCUCGUUUUGCGAUUGAAUUUUGUAUUAUUAUUGUUGCAAAUCGAUAUACCUAGCGUAUUAUGUUUUGUGUAUAAAUUCAUGCAAUUGGUUGUUAUUUGUUAUUUACUUAUCGUGCAUACAGAAUAAAUCCGCGUGUUUGUUGUGAAUUUUCACCUGUUUCUUGUUGUGUAUUUAUUUUGUAUUAUUAUUUUUAAAUAAAUAAACUUAUUAUUUCGUUGUUUUACAUUAUAACUGUAAUAGUUUCUGAAAAUAUAUUUUUCUCACUA